CUCGUAUGUCGUGCGUGACGUUUCCUGUCAGUGGAGCACAAGCAAACUCCAACACGACCGAACACAAUAGCUUCUUCACAGCCAUGGCGUUGAAUAUAAAUCACUCUCAAAACGGCGGAGUGUUGAUUAACAAUGGAGAAAGCGUAUUAAGGGAAUGUAAGAAUGUGGAGCUGUCAUUCAGUGAUGUCGCCUGUAAAACAGACCUACUGAAGGGGACCAAGAAGGGCACUGUGUACCUCACACCAUACAGGAUGGUGUUUGUGUCCAGUAAUACAAAGGAUUGCCUUGGUUCUGCCAUGUUCCCCUAUUAUCUGAUGAAGGGCUGCAGCAUCGAGCAGCCCGUUUUUGCUGCCAACUACAUUAAAGGGACAGUGUCAGCUGAGGCAGGUGGUGGCUGGGAGGGUCAAGCCCAUUUCAAGAUGUCCUUCCCCAGUGGAGGAGCCAUAGAUGUUGGCCAGCAUCUCUUCAAACUGGCCACAAAUGCUUCUCGUGGAGCUCCUGCUCAGAAUGGUGCUGCGUCAUAUCACGGCUACCCUUCUCCUGGAAUCAUGAAUGGCUACGGCCCACCACCACCUGCUCCCCAAGGCUAUCCUUAUGUGCCCCCUCCCCAGCAGAAUGGAUUCUACCCGCCCCCUCCUCCUCCUGCUGCUGGCAACAUGGGCUACCCUUAUCCAACAACUGCUGCAGGAAUGUACCCAUCAGGGUCUGACUACAUGAUGGCCCCACCUCCCCCAUAUCCAGGGCCACCUCAAAACUGGGCUGCACCCCCCCAGAACUGGACAGCUCCGCCACCUCCAGGUAACGCCAAGGCAGCAGAAGCAGCAGGCAGUGCGUACUACAAUCCCAGCAAUCCACACAAUGUCUACGUGCCAACGGAGCAGCCUCCUCCAUAUGCACCUUAUCCAAACUCUCCUGAAAAGAAAAACAACUAAGGCUCAGGCACCAUGACAGUUCCUCCUUAAUCUUGGGAUGGAUCCCUGAUGGCGACAUACGGCAGAUUACAGAACAUCAAAUUCAAUCUCUUACAAGCAGCCACAUUGUUUAAAAAAUGUUUUGAAGGGACAACAUGCAACUUGCCCCCAAAAAUCAAGAAGUCCUAUGUGACUAUUAUUUUGAAUAUAUAAUUUGUUGACAUGUUGUAAAGAGGACUGUUUGGAGCUGAAAGGAGGCAGUGGGAUGACGAAUGUAUUAUUAUUAUUUUUUUUAUGACAGAACUGUAUCACCCCACACUUUCAUGGAAUUCAUUCUUGUAGCUAUUACCAACAACCAAAAUUAUUAGCAGUGUAUUUUUGCGGUAUCCUUUAAAGGACUGUGUGUAUUUCCAAUACAGUUUUUGAAUGGAGUGUUUGUUAUUCGUGUACAAUAGCAGGAGUGGGUUGAAUAGAUUUUAGUGGUACAUUUAUGGCCUCCAUAUCGCCUGAUUCUCAUACUUUUGGCUAUUAAUAGCGUAUCCUAUAGUAUAUGUGACCAAGACUAUCCCGCUCUCCAUCAUUAACAGUAAUUACAUUUUCUAGAUAACCCAAAUUGCACAUUUUUGCUGUAUUCAUUGAAAUGCACGUCUUCAAAAGUGCAAUAUUCCCAGUUUCCAAAGGUUCUAGUGGAAAAGUAGGACUUACAUGAGUGACCCUGUGCUCUUACCCUCUUUUGUAUUCAUGUAUGCAAAGGCAAGCUGAAACCAUCCUUGUAAUAGAGCCAGUAUGCGGUGGCCAGGCUUCAUCAUUUGGAGAACAGCAGUGUUUCGCCUGGUAAAACUCCCGAGGGCUAACCAUUUAUUAUUGUUAAGCAGUUAACACCUAGCAAAAGGUCUUUGCACACCUAAAAUGAUUUUCUUGGCGUGGAUCUAAGUUUGCUUUAAUCUUGAAAUGUCUGUAAAUUAAUAACGCUUGCCUGAAUUUUGUUCACUGAAAUCUAAUAAAGUUGUCAUUUAUUGAAUAUAGUA